AUACCAAUAAUUGGAACACGGGUUGGGUCGGGUUCUACGGGUUGUGUAAUCUAAAAUCCAAACCCAACCCAAAUGAGGCGGGUUGUACAAAAGAAAACCCUCACCCAACCCAAAACCUUCGAUUUAGCGACAAAUACGGGUGGGUUGGGUCGGGUUGGACGGGUGGGUCGGUUUGCGGGUGUGUUUGUUCACCCCUAGUAGCUAUAGUGUCAUUGUGAAAGGUGGCCCAUCAUCAACUGGCAUGUAAGAUGGGACACGUAUUGAUCCGGCUGAUGAAGAAAAGUUGUGUGCACAGUGCAAAGGGAAGCUGAAUCUUGGUGGAGAUAGACCAACUCAAUUGGUCCAUCAAAGACUUGAUCCACAUAGACCAUUCAAGCCAAGGUAUCCAACAUAUGAACUUCAUGUGGAAGGAGUACGUGCACCUACAUGGAGAAGAGGGCAACGUAGGCAAUGGGUUGCUCAAAGUGCCCCACCUUUCAAAUGUGCACCUUUCAAAAGGGCUUUACCUUUCAUAAGUUCACCACUUGUUAGAAGGACCUUCAAGAUGUCUAAUGUGCCAUCAAGUGGAUGGCAAACGUACAAUGUUCGUUAUCAAUAGCCAAUUGCAGUGGAUGGGAUGACAAUGACACAAUACAGAAGGCUCUUUCGCAAAAAUACUCAACAGAAGAAGAUUUACAACAUGCAUACCUGUGUUCGUGUGAACAACUCUGAUGCCACUGGUCUCAAAGUCAUAGUGCCUGAUAGCGGCAAGAGUGUGGAGAAGAAGGAUGAACCCCCAGCAAAUGAUGGGUAUGAUGGAGAGUUGGACGAGUCUUUCAUGGAAGAGGAGAUGCUCGAGUUAGAACAUCCAGGGUCAAAGUUUGACCGGAAUACCAAGGAUGAUGAGGAUGAUCAUGACACAUCCACAACCAUUCAAUUUGGUAGUUUGCCACCUGUUGUGGUGGUGAAUAACUACAUUUUGCCAAUGAUCUUUUACUUUGAGAUGGAUGGUGAAAGAGGAGAUGGUGAAUUUGAAGUGGGGGUUGAGGAAGUUGAUGAAACAACAAUGAGCAAGCCAUUUCAGAGUUUGUUGGUGGAUUUGUCGAGCUGAAUUUGGAUGGAGAUAAUGAAGAGUCAUCAGUUGCUGAACUGGUUACUGAGUUUGCAAGUUUGGCACUAUAGGAUGAGCUGUAGAGUGUCAUGAUGGCUAGUAUUGAAGCAAUAAUCAACUUGUCUGCUGACACAACAAGGGAACACAAGAGUUCCCAACAAACUAAGAGAAUUGUAAGAGGCUGGACACAAGUAUGUGGGAGUACUUGGUGAGGAUGAUGGUCAGUAUCCCUACUACGUAUUGUACCAAGGAUCAGAAGGAUCCCCAAGCCUUCCUAUUGAGAAUCCUACAUGGGGUUCAGAAUUUGAGGAAGAAGAGAACUCUGUGGUUGUUAAAGAGAAGUUGAAUGGAAAGAGUGAUAUGCAUGUGGCAACAAGAAAGGGGAAAGAGGUUGUCAUUAAAGGAUCAACAGUGGAGGAACCAAGUCGAGUAAUAGUGUUCACUGAGCUAGAUGCAAAGAUAUUUCGACAUCUCAAACCACUAUACAUAAAAUCUCAUAUUGAUAAUGUACCAGUGUCAAGGGCGUUAGUUGACAUUUGUGUUGUUGUGAACGUGAUGCCCACACGUAUGCUCAGGAAGUUGGGAAAGAGUACAAGUGAUCUCAUCCCAAUAGAAGUGUUUGUUACCAGCUUCAAUAGUGAUUCCACCACUGCAAGGGGAUACUACCAGUAGUUGUAAGAGUGGGUAUCCAAGAGAGAAUGGUUGCUUUCUUUGUCGUUGAUGGAGCAAUCAGCUACAAUGCUUUGCUUGGUAAAGAAUAGAUACAUGCUAAUAAGUGUGUGCCGUCGUCGUUGCACCAGUGUUUAAUGUUUUGGAACAAAGAUGGUGUGGUCGAAGUGGUACGAGCUGACACCAAAUCAUUUGCUGUUGGUGCAAGCAUAGCGGAAGCUCCUUGUACCAUAGGGACUAUGGCCCUCUAGAGAUCAAGACAGUAGAUGGGGGAUCAUGUACCAUGGUGAUGUCUAGUGCAAAGGUAUUGAGCAAAGCUUGUGUUAACCCUCAAUCAGAAAUUAUGUGACCAUCAAUGUUUGUUGUGGAUGGUCCACCCCAAACUAACUCAUCACCAUCAAAUGAGUAAGCCACUCCAUACAAGAGUGGCAGAGGAGGCCAAAAUUACGGCCUUCCAAGAAAGUUUGGCCAGAUACCAAUGUGAACAAAGGCUUAUGUAUUUGAAGCCUAUAUUCAUGGUUGACUGUGUAUCUGAUGAUGAGGUAUUGAUGGAAGAAAAGAGUCUAAGUAAUGGUGGGGAAGAUAACAAGCACAUUGCCAUAUAUAUGAUGUGUUGGGGAAUAUGAAUCUUGGCACGGAAGACGAUCCUCGUUCAACUUUUAUAAGUACCAACUUACUAGUCUGCCAUUAAUGGCAAGUACUUUAACCUAUAUGUACCGUCCCUUUGGGACGUUAAGGACUGUUAAUAAUUUAGAUGUCAGCCAAGUGCAGACAGAGACCUAGUUGAAGUUGACAUGGUUUCUAAGAUGUGCAACAUGGUCGAGGAGUGAAUGGCCAGAUUAAAUCUUUGCAAGUUGG